AUGUCUUCCCUUUCUCGACGUGCUUGCUACAAGUGUGGCAAUGUUGGCCACUAUGCUGAGGUCUGCUCCUCUGCUGAGCGACUUUGCUACAACUGCAAGCAGCCUGGCCACGAGUCCAACGGCUGCCCUCUUCCCCGUACCACCGAGGCCAAGCAGUGCUACCACUGCCAAGGUCUGGGCCACGUCCAGGCUGACUGCCCUACUCUCCGCCUGAGCGGUACUGGCACCAGCGGCCGCUGCUACAACUGCGGCCAGCCCGGUCACCUUGCUCGCGCCUGCCCUAACCCUGUUGGCCCUGCUCUUGGCCGUGGUGCCCCCAUGGGCCGCGGCGGCUUUGCCGGUGGUUACGGCCGUGGUGGUUUCGCUGGCGGCCCCCGUCCCGCUACUUGCUACAAGUGCGGUGGCCCCAACCACUUUGCCCGUGACUGCCAGGCUCAGGCCAUGAAGUGCUACGCCUGCGGCAAGCUCGGCCACAUCUCCCGGGACUGCACUGCUCCCAACGGUGGCCCUCUUAACACUGCUGGCAAGACCUGCUACCAGUGCGGCGAGGCCGGUCACAUCUCUCGGGACUGCCCUCAGAAGAACGCCCCCGGCGAGAUCCCUCCCGAGGUUGACAUGAGCAACGUCCCUGCUCCCCCUGUUGCUCCUAUUGCCCCCGUGGCUUAA